AUGUAUAAAGUUCUUAUUGCACUUAAAUCAUUAUAACAAUUCAAGUGUUCAGUGACAAUGGGAGGAAAGACUAAAGUAGUAACCUUACCUUAGACAGAAGGUUUAACAUUUAAUGUAAAGUAUUGUAAUUAACAUAUAAUAAGUUAAUUGAGUUCAAUCCAAUUAAAAUAUAAUGAUGAAAUCUUUAAAAUUUAAAUGAAUGAGGAUAUCACAGAAACAACAGGAGAAUAUAAGUUUACAAAUGUAAGUGGAUAAUAUUAUAUUGUAUUGAUACAAGAUAUUGAAAAACCAUCUAAAUUAAAUAUAAAAUAAAAUGCAUAAACAUCAGAAUCUCCACUUAGAAAAAAUGAAACAGAAAGAAGUUUAACUGCUAGUACAAAAAAAUUUAGUUUUAAGACUCCUACAAAUAGAUAGAAAUCUGAAUCAAAUUAAAAAUUAAUAUAAUCAUUUGUUUUAGGAGAUAAUUUAAUGGAAUAAUUAAAAUAAGAGAAUAAAGAACUCAAAUAAAGAGUAAUUGAACUUGAAAAUUAGAUUGUAAUAUUAUAAUAGGAAUAAAAUAAAUAAAAAAAUGAGAAUGUUGAAUAACCUAAAUAAGAAUCAUCAUAAAAUGACUUUAGAAUUGAUUUUUAAAAUUUAUUAAAAUUAUAGUAAAGAUAAGCUCAAGAAAAUAAACAAUUACUAAAACAAUUAAUGGAUUUAGAUGUUAACUAUUAAGAUUUAUUAGAUAAGAAAUCUUUAGUUGAUUAAGAAGUGACAAAAUUAAAAUAAACUAUCAGUUAGUUUGAUUGUUAAAUAACAUAAUUAAAAAGCAGAUUAACAUAAUUUGAAAUAGAUGGAUUAAGUUAAAACAUUUAAUUAAACUUAUAAAUUGCAUAACCAAUAGAGAAUGAUGAGAUAAUUGAUAACUUAAUUAAAUAAAUAUUAAAAAUGAGAGCAACUGGAUCUUAAUACAUUCCAAUAAAAGAAGAUAAAUUAGACUCAAAAUUAGCAUAAGUAAUUGCUAAAGAUCAUACUCAAUAAUAUUAAUUUAUUAGAUUAAAAUAGGGUUUAUAUUUAAUAGGUGAAGAAUAAUAUCAAUUAUUUAUGUAAGAAAAUAAGAUAAUGAUUACUACUGAAGAAGGUGUAUUAUCACUAUAAGAUUUUAUUAAAAGUAGAAAAAGAGUAAAAUCAGUAAAUGUUCGUAAACCUUGA